ACCACCCUGACUACGAUUGGUAGGCAUCUAAAGAAAAAUCUCGUCGAAGCUUAGAUCGAAAAACAGAGGAAUCGGAGAAUCCUACUGGGAACGAUGGAUACGAGAUUAUCACCGGUGUUGAUUUGCGUGUCGUUGGUUCUCCUUUCUGGACUCGGCCAGCUUGUGAUCUGUAGUCAAGAAAAAGGAACGUACAACGACGUCGUAAGGAUGAAGCUCGGUGGAUUUAGGGAUUCCACGAAUAAUCGGAACGGUGGAGGAGAGAUCGAUGGUCUAGCACUCUUUGCUGUUCAGGAACACAACAAGCGAGAGAAUGGUGUUGUGGAGCUUGUUAGAGUAUUAAAGGCAACGGAGCAGGUGGUUGCUGGGAAGCUAUACAGUCUUACUCUUGAAGUUAAAGAAGCUGGUGAGAAGAAGAUUUAUGAAGCCAAAGUUUGGGUGAAGCCGUGGAUAAACUUCAAGCAGCUUCAGGAGUUUAAGAGUGUUGUCCCUUCCUUCACUGUUUCCGACCUUGGCUUGAAAUCAGAUGUGAAUGGAUUUGAGUGGAGAUCGGUAUCAACAAAAGACCCCGAGGUCCAAGAGGCAGCGAAACACGCGGUGAAGUCGAUUCAACAGAGAUCAAACUCGUUGUUUCCGUAUAAACUCAUUGACAUAAUCCUAGCCAGAGCAAAGGUGGUAGAAGACCGUGUGAAAUUCGAACUGCUUCUGAAGCUAGAGAAGGGGAACAAAGCGGAGAAGCUCAUGGUUGAAGUGAUGAAGUACCAAAACGGCAAGUUUCACUAGAGUUGUUGUUGGAUACUGGAUAGGUUGUUGUGUCUUACUGUGAAUAAAAAGACUGUUGUUGUGAUGAAAAAAACUUGUCUGCUCUGUAAAUAAAUAAAGGUUUGCUUGUAAGUAAA